AUGCAGACUUUCGUUAGAUUAGGUAAGCAGUUGAAUAGGUUAGGUAGCUUGACUAGAAAAACAAUGUUAUUAUUUCUCCCAAGUGAAAAAAAUGAUAUUGAUUCCAAAAAACACCCAUUUGGUGUAGAACCUUAA